AUGACUUAUUAAUAAUAGCUCAAAAACUAUUAUUACCUAAUCAUUUUUUAUUUCAAGUUUUCUUUCAUACAAAGCACUUACUUUUUUGAUCUUAUUUAACAUUGUCUGAACCAUUAUUUUAUAUUUAAUGCAUAUUAAAUUCUUUUUUCUCAACCUAAAUUCAACCCUUCUACAAAAAAUCAUUAGGAAUAAAUGUAUUUUUCUCAACCAUUUUUAUACCCAAAUUGUUAAUAUUUUUAUCUUUGUACAAUUUCAAUUUAAAGUCUUAGUUUUUUUUUCUUGGUGAUUAGAAUAACAAAUUAUUUUUUAUUGUAAGUCAAUGUACUUAUUCAACUAUUAAGAAAUCAUUACCAACUUAACUCAGUUCAUAUCCUUAUCAUUUCCAACAAUAAUUUUUUAUCACCUUCAAAUUACCCCUCCUUUCAAUAUAUAUGCAUGGGUUUACAAAUCAUUAAUAUUGAUUACUAGUAUUAAAAAUUAAGCAGAUUCAGAAACAAAUUUUAAUUGAAUUUUUUUUAAAGAGUAGUGUUAGCCCUUUCACAGAAAUAAUGUAUCCCUUUAUUGAAGUUAUUUACUCAUUAUAAUUAGGAAUUAAAUAAUAUUGAACAAUUAAAUUAAACUGAAUAGUUCUUCUGCAUGGCAUAGCUUAAAUAAAUGAGAUGGAUUACAUUUAAGACAAAGAAUAUUUAAAUCUAAAUAAACAAUAUUAUAUAAUAAAUUUGA